GCGCGCGGCACUGACGCAACAGCGGGGCGACUGACGCGCUCUCAUUGGGAGGGAAGGUUCCAAACAAACGCCGCGGCCGGCAGAGCCUUGUGGGAGAAUCCAUUCGGACAGAGGCGAAGGGGGGGAGAAACAAGAGACGGGGAUGAGCUGGGAUGCACCAUUGUCAGCUCUUCAUUUGACAACAAGUCAUAGCUCCUUUUCAUGAAAUUGAAGUGGAAACUGGGAAAAUGGCUUCAAACCCUCCUGGACAAGGCUUUCAGAACAAAAACAGAGUUGCGAUCUUGGCUGAACUUGACAAGGAGAAGAGAAAGCUGCUCAUGCAAAACCAGUCCUCCACAAAUCAUCCUGGAGCCAGAAUUCUGCAGCCACUCUACCAAACAUAUGAGCUCCCCAUCAUGAAGACUAUGGACCCCUGCAUUUCUCUCUCUCGAUCCUCCCUUAAUAAGGAUUUCCGCGAUCAUGCAGAGCAGCAGCACAUAGCUGCACAACAGAAGGCCGCUUUACAGCAUGCUCACGCACAUUCUUCAGGAUACUUUAUAACCCAGGACUCUGCCUUUGGAAACCUUAUUCUUCCUGUGUUGCCACGACUUGAUGGAGAAUGACAGUCUAUCCUUGAGUGGAAGAAAGUCGGUGUUUGUCUAAUAUUGCUGCUUCUACUUUCAAUGGUUUGAAAAUAAGAGGACUCAAAACUGAAAAUUAAUCUAUUAAUUUUAAUGAUUUUUGUUUUCAGGAGACAUUAAAUUACUGAAAUCCAA